AUGACUUCGGGUAAGAUGCGGAGCGGCUACACUGCGCCGCCGCCGCCGGGCUUUGGCGCGGAGGGUCGAGGGCUGCCACGGCGCCGACCCGCCCUUCCGGACUGUGGCGACGUCGAAGCCUGUUCGCAGGGAACGCAGGAGGGCGACGCGUCUUUGGAGAGGGGCGGUUUGGGGGAAUGGGGACCUGGGGAGACCGGGGCCUGCGUGGGCCGCGUUGGAAUGAACUUGCUGGAGGAUGCCAGGGAGACGGCGGACACGUUGCCCUGGAGACUCUCCGUCGAAAGCAGCCCAAACGGGCCGGGCCGUGGCUCAUCUCUCCCGGUGUUUGUUGCUGCCAGGUUCUUAAACUUCUUACUAAAUGACACUUGUGAAGGUGCAGUAGAAAUGGAGUCUUUUCUACAUUAUUCAGUUGCACCAUCAAUCAUCAUCAUUAUAAUCCUGGCCUGCCUUGAAGAGAGAGCAAGAAGAUGUUAUUUAGAUGAAAAAUUGCUCAGCCUCAAUGGACGUGUUGGGGUACUGAUACCCUUUGAUUUUGUCAGCUCAUUCAGCAACCGAUGGUCACUUGGAUUUGCGUUCGGAGUUACUGCAGAUAAAGUGAUGUUCCUGUUUAUUCAAAACUACCAGCCACAUGGACUUCCUCACUGGGCGAAGAUAUUCUGGAUUCUCUUCAUAGCCAUGGAAGUGGGCAUUUCCUCGUACCCUUUCUUUGCCUGCCUUUCAACAAGUUAUGUGAUUACGGGAGCCACGUUAGGAUUUCUUUACACGGCAGCCUGGGUGACAAUCAUGGUCACAGACAUUGCACAGUGCCCUGAGGGAGACUUUGUUGCAUUCGAAUUUCUUUGUGUCAAGAUUUUCAUUUUACCGAUGCUCAGAAUGAUGACCGUCUUAGAAAUGUCUCAUUUAUCCAGUUCUCUGGAAGAAUUUGUUAAUGUCACACAAGGUGUUUGGAUUCUCACCACUGCUGUUUCCUCUGUCACAUGCAUCAGUUAUGUGUUUCACAUCUUAGUCUGCUACAGGAAACACAUGAAGUCAUUGCGGUCAGGGAAGAAGCACUACCUUCUGCCCAAAUGUUCUACAGUGACAUCUUCUCAGUGUGUGGUAGCCGUUGGAAAAUACAUUUCUUGGCAAGUUGCAUACAUACUAUGGGGCUACCUGAUUAUGCAUCUGGUGCAAUGGGUGUUUGGGAUGACCCUUAUGUAUAUUUUGAUUUUGCCCAUGACACGCGGUCAAUGGCAAGAACUUCUGGACAAGUGGGGCCCAGUGGUCCUUUCGUUCAUCAUCAUCAUGGUUAUCAGGAAACUCCAGAUUAUUGCUGCUGCUAGUUUUUUUCUUCAGCCAAAGAUUUCGCCGGAUGACAAGCAGAAGCCUUUGGCCCUUGAUAACAGGAAAGCCUUCAUGAACUUCAGCUACUUUUUAUUCUUCCACUCGGUGGUGGUGGGCCUGAUGUCUUGCCUGAUGAGACUGGUCCGCAGCAUCGUUCUAGGAGCCUGGCUGGUGGGACGGAUAGACACGCCGGUAAUGCCAAUGGGCUUUGAAUCGUGUGAUAAGGGGUUCAGUAGUUGGGUUCAAAUGCUCUACCUGGACCACUACCACACAAACCCCAUCCUUGUCUGCUUCUGCUACCUCCUUGAGAGUGCAAACCGGAAAAGAAAACAGCAGAGAGCCACUGUGGAUGUUGCCAUAAUUGAGCUGAAGGAAACAGAUUUCAGGGUGUCGCAUAAAGCCAGGACAAGAUGGCUGCUGCUCUACACGCUUUUGAACAACCCCACUCUCCAGAGAAUCCGGAAGCUAAAGCCAGGGUUUUCAACAGACUGGCCACAGCACGGAUUUGCCUGA